CUGUCCUUCGCCGAAGAUUCCUAGCCGACAGGUGAUGCCUUGCCUAGCAAGCGUUCCACGGUUCCCCGAAAGGCCCCCAAAACCACCGGGACCGCCGUCCACUCUCACUCCCGCCGCCGGUUCGUUUGUGCCAUCGAGCGUCGUCCAUUGUCGGAGGCAGGCGCGCAGCGUUACCACGACACAACACCAACACCAAGACGACACGACACGACGACACCAUUUAGUCAGCGUCUUCGCCCUCGAGCCACCGAGCACGCCGCACCCUACCCAGCAGUCGGCUUUGCGUCCUCGAUCGCCGACGGCAGCGGCAGCGGCGCCGCACGUCCCCCCCCGCCGCGGCGACCGGACCGACGCACAUCAGAGGUGCGUGUCGACGACCAACAGACCCGACCAACACGCUCGGCGCCGCCACCCGUCGUCGUCCGAGACGAGCCACCACCGACGGGCAGGGUCGAGAUUCCCUCGAUCUGCAAGGACCACGUACGGCAACUACGUGCAGGCCCGUAUCUGCUACGUGCACGAGCUCAUCGCCAGCACCGCGCUGCCCCAGCAGACAGACCGCCCGCCCUUAACACGCACGCACGCACGCACGCACGCACGCACCACGAGAACCAGCCAAGCCAGCCCGGCAGCACCGCCAAAUGGGCUCCGACAGCCGCCCCGUCUGCCAUCGCUGCGCCCAGAUCAAGCAGGCCUGCGAUGGCAGCUUGCCCUGCGCCCGCUGCGUCCGCCUGAGCCUGCCGUGCCGCCCGCGCAACUCGGUCGGCGCCGGCGGCGACGGCCUCGAGCCGCACGACGCCGACGUGCCCAAGGCGCGCAUCCGCCGCGUCCAGACAGGAUGCCUCAUGUGCAAGCGCCGCAAGAAGAAGUGCGACGAGAUCAAGCCGCGCUGCGGGGACUGCCGUCGCUUAUGCCUGGAUUGCGCGUGGCCGCCCGAGCGGCACAGUAGAAGCAAGGUCGCCGCCGCCGCCGCCGCCGCCGCCGUUGCCGCCCCGUCGAAAUCGACAUCGUCGUCGUCGUCCUCGGCAAGCUCGACGACGGCGGCCGCCGCGUCCCAGCACAACGGCAUCGAUGCGGCGAUCCCGCCCUCUGCGGCCGCCGACGGCCCCUUGAUGGAGAUGCCGAUCCGAAACAGCCCCAGCCCCGUCUCUACGCCUGCGAGCGGGCGGCACGGGAGCUACGACAGCAGCAGUCACGGCAGCAGCCACGGCAGCCACGCGAGCAGCCACGGCAGCAGCCAUCCCAGCCAAGGGAGCUUCAGCCAGCCGGAGCAGACGCCGCCCGGCAUGGCCAUCUCGGCGGCGGCGGCGGCAGCAGCAGCAGCAGCCAUGCCGAUGCCCGUUGCGACGACGGCGGCCGGCAUGAUCAACGGCCUGGCGCUCGACAUGAGCCCCCCCGGCGGCGGCGGCAAGGUCUCGUGGGACGUGGGCAACUCGUCGCCGCACGGCUGGAUCGAGGCCUUUACGCCCGUCAGCAACGGCAGCCCGGCCGAGGAGUCGUUUGACUCGACGCCCAUGUCGUCGCUGUCCGUGUACGUGCCGCAGCUCCUGCCGCAGCUGAGCGCGCCCCAGGACAAGGCCCUGCUCAACCACUACUCGACGAUUGUGUCGUCGAUACUGUCGCGGCGGGCGUCGAGCACCAACCCGUACAACAACUACCUGCUGCCCAUGGCGCAGAGCAACGACCUCGUGCUGCACUGCAUCCUCGCGCUGUCGGCGAACCACUGGCGCAAGCUGCAGCCCGGCAUGGGCGACCGCGGCCUCCUCCACAAGAGCAAGGCCACGCAGGCGCUCGCCCGCCUGCUGCCCGACGUGGACCGCACCAGCGCCGACAUCGCGCUGGUGAGCAGCCUACUGCUGUGCAUGACGGAGCUCUUCGACGGCACCAGCGAGGGCUGGAAGCUGCACCUCAAGGGCGCCAAGCGCCUGCUCAUGACGCUGCGCGAGCAGCAGGGCGACAUGAUGACGGGCCACUACAAGUUCCUGCUGCGGCUGGCCCGCUUCCUCGACUCGGCCGCCACCACGUCCACCUGCCGCCCGCCCCUCAUCGGCGAGGAGGAGGCCGAGGCGGCCGCCCUCGACCGCAUGACGGCCAUGCCCGACGAGGAGGACUCGGCCGUCUACGGCAUCCCCAAGGAGCUGUUCCACCUCGUCGACCGCGUCAACACCCUGGCCGACCUGCGGAGCACGCGCGUCGACCGCGCCUCCGAGGCCGCCUUCCGCGAGCGCGCCAAGGAGAUCGAGGGCCGCAUCAACCACUGGUCCUACGAGUACGGCGGCAUGUCGCGCGCCGUGUGGUCGCUGACGCCCGCCAACGACGACGUCCUCCACGCCACCAUGGCCUUUGAGUACGCCAUCCGCCUGCGCCUGCACCAGAUCGUCGAGGGCUACGACCUCGGCGACCCCAAGGUCGGCCAGUUCGUCGACGGCAUCCUCGAGUGCGUCCAGAAGAUCCGCUACGGCAGCCCGCUCGAGACGUGCCUGCUCUACCCGCUCGUCAUGGCCGGCGGCUCAUGCUGGAAGCUCGAGCACCGCGUCGUCAUCCAGGACCGCCUGCUCGUCAUGGAGCGCACGUGCGGCUUCGGCUACAUCUACAACGCGAGGGACCUGGUCGAGCGCGUCUGGACCAAGCGCGACCAGGUCGAGGGCACGGGCGCCAUUGUCAACUGGGCGCGCAUCCGCUACUAUGAGAUGAACGGCCUCGUGGUAUUCUGAACACGGUGGUACCUGAAGACAAACGUGGUGUGGUAUCUUGCAAUGCUCACUUCGAGCCGCCAACCGUCCGUGCUACCCCUCCAGCUUCCUCGCGAGUUCCGCGACGUGCGCGUGCAUGUCGUAGCCGCACACCUCCUCAAUGGUCAGCUUGCCCGGCCGGUCGUUGGCGCUGCUCCAGCCGAUGCGCUCCGUCAGGUCCGUCCGCGCGCGCCUGCUGCUCUCCUGCAGGCGGGUCGCGCGCGGCUUGCGCUCCUCCUCGUACAGGCGCAGCCUCUGCGCCACCGACAGGGCCGCGUACCGCGGCGAGAAGAGGAUGCCCAGGGCGCCGGCGUCCUCGAUGGCCAUGCACGCGCCCUGGGACUGGUCGGGCAUCAUGGGGUGCGCGGCGUCGCCCAGCAGGCAGCACCGGCCCUUGACCCAGUACGGGUACGGGUCGUGGUUGUACAGCCGCCACAUCUUGAUGUCCUCGGCGUUGCGGAAGAGCGUCUUGAGGCGCUCGUCGAGCCCCGGGAACGUGCUGGCGAGGGUCUCGCCCGUGGUCGAAAUGCUCCACCCGUCCUCGCGGAUGUCGUUUUUGUCCGCCGGGUAGAAGCAGUAGCAGCUGACGACGUCGUGGUCCGAGCAGGCGCUCAUGACGAUCUUGUCGAUGCCGUCGCCGCCCCAAAACUCGAUGGCGCUGCGCUCGCAAAACUCCUGCAGGCCCAGCUCGCGCAGCUUGUCGGCGCUGAUGAUGCACCGGUAGCAGCACGACGUGGAGCGCGAGACGUUGGGCACGACGCCGAGCCGCUCGCGCAUCUGGCUGCGGAUGCCGUCGGCGCAGACGACGACGUCGUGCGUCGCCUCGGCGCCGUUUUCAAACGAGAUGCGGCCCUCGGCGGGGUCCAGGCCGGUGGCCUUGUGCCAGACCUUGAGGGUGGCGGGGACGCCGCCGCCCUCGUCCGACGUGGCGACGCGCUUGAGGUGCUGGUGGAGGUCGAUGCGGUGGAAGUUGUUGUAGUCGGUGCCGAAGCGCUCGCGGUAGUCGCCCAGGGGGUAGACGCCGAAGACGUCGCCGGUGGACCACUCGUGGCGGAUGAGGUCGCGCAGGACGACGGGCCUGGCCUUGGCGACGUCGACGCCCCAUUCCUCGAGGAAGCGGGAGCCGUUGGAGGCGCACGACAGCGAGGCGCCGACCUCGCCGCCAAAGUCGUAGCGCUCGUAGAUGGUGACGCGGUGGCCGGCGCGGCGGAGGGCGAUGGCGGCGGAGAGGCCGCCCAGGCCAGAGCCGACGACGGCCAUGUCCAGGGGGGCCUGGGGGUCGACGAUGCCAGGCAUGGUGCGGUGUGUUGUGGUAUGGGGGUAUAUCUUUGUCUCUGUCUCCUUGUUGCAGCGAUCGAGCGCGGGUUCUCUCUUCUUAUGCGUCUUGGGGGGCAUUGGGCGGAACGGGUCAAAAGAAGAGACUUUUAUUUCAUCUCGACGUCGGAUCGUUUGAUGCCUGCGGUGCUGCGUGCCUGCGUGCCUGGCUGUGAUGCGCUACUCCCGUCUGCUGCGAUGCGAUGCGAUGCGAUGGCUCCGCCGAGAGCGUCGGCGGCGGAUCCCAGGACCAACAGCCGACGCCGUCGACUGACUGUAAGCGGCGGCAGGAAGGGCAGUGGCGGAGGACCAGCCCGCUAACACGGAGGAGGCGUAGGUAUGCGCCCACGGCUCGUUGGGGGGUGAUGCCGUUGGUCCUAUGCCUAUGCCUUGCCUUUUCGCGCGGGGUUGCGAGGCGCCCGGGAUUCUCCAAGUCGAUGGGGG